CAAAACGGAACCUUCUCAACAACAUUGGAGGAAAGAUGUAUGAAGUAGCACCGUUACCAUGGAGAUAAAAUACAUAUCCGGACGCUCUGAACGAAAAAGACAGGUUUGAUAGCUAGCGUAACGACGCAACAAUAACGCCUGAGCUAAAGGAAAAUGGAUUCAGAAUACUUGAAAAGGGGUAUGGGAAAAUGUCUCAUAGAAGGAUUAGCCGAGGUGGCCGAGCUUCGCCCCAUGGACCCGAUCGAAUUUCUUGCACAGUGGAUUUACAAGUAUAAAGAAAACAUGGACAAUGAGGAGAAAAAAAAGGCCCUCCAGCAGCAACUGGAGCAGGAGCAGCAGAGAGCCAUAGAUGAGGCAGUGCACAUGAGGCAGAUGAAGGAGGAAGAAUAUAAAAUCACAGGGGAAGUCCCAGAAGAACCCAAAGAAACAAAAGAAGUUGAGGAAAUUCCUGCGACGCCUCCGCCAGCUCCAGUUUCAGAAAGGCCCAAGAAAUUAAACCCUCCAACGCUUGCUGCAGUGGAGGAGGGCGAUGAUGGGGUGACUGAUCAACCUGAAACCAGUGAACCUGAUGAAUCUACACAAAUAGAGGUAGAGUCAACCUCAGCACAAGAGAAUGAUGAGGGGGGACAAACUGAGGAUCCACAAGACAAACACAAACCUCUUCAUCAAGACCAAAAAAAGGUGACUGAUGAACCUGAUAAACCUGAAACUAGUGAACCUGCUGAUUCUACACAAGUAGAGCCAACCUCAGGACCAGAGAAUGAUGAUGUCAAACCAGAUGAGACUAUGUCUGAGGAGGGACAGGAACAUCAGGACCAAGAGAAGGAGACCGAUAACCCUGUCCCAAGUGACACUGUUGAUCGCACACAAGAAGGGGCAGCCUCAGAGAGUGAUGAUGUCAGACCCGAUGUGAUGCAAUCUGAGGAGGGAGUGGAGGCGGGAGUGGAGGAGGGAGCGGAGAUGUCACAGGGGGCACUUGAACAUACAACUCUUGAUGACCAAGCCAAGGAGAAGGAGGAAGAGGAGGAAGAAGAGGACAACUAAGAUGUGGAAUGAUAAUUUUCCUACAUUAUCUGCACAAAGACAUUUUAGUCAUUAGUUAGUUCAAAUGCAAUGAUAGCCUAAAUAUCUAUAUGUUAUAACAUUCUACAUCUUAUAAAUCAGUAGAGAAGCUCGACUGACGCCUAAUGAAAUGCAUGUCUCCAAGAUGGAGAUAUAUCUCAACUUGUGUAAUAUGUCAAUUUAACAAUCUCUAUUCAGUUUGCUUUGAAUAAAUUUGUGUAAAGUUGUG